AUGAAGUUUUCACACUCGUUAAAGUUUAAUGCUGUUCCAGAAUGGCAGGAUAACUAUGUCAAUUACCCAACAUUGAAAAAAAUCAUAUACAAACUUCAACAAGAUCAGUUGAUCAAUAACGGAUCACAAGAUGAAGAUUUUAGCGCUAAAAAUGACAGUAUAACCAUCACUGAGUUUUUGGAACAUUUGAAGCUGCUCGACAAGAACUCUGGUAAUAUUAAUGGUGGUGAAGAAGGUAACAAUUACAACAACAGAAACAACAGAAACAACAAAAAGAAUAAAAAUAAUAGUCCUUACAAUAACAAUAAUAGCAAUACGAGUUCAAAUUCUUCCGAUGCGGGGCUCUACAAUGACAAGGAAAAAUCCGGUUCCAACAACAUCAAAAAACGCUUGGCAAAAAAUAUAUUUUCCAAGCUUCGUAAAUCAGACCUUGAAAAACAGAGCAGCGAUAGUGCAAACGGUAGUGAAGUUGAGUUGCAGUAUUUUGACGCUGACCACGGCAAAAAGGAUACUCAGGACGCAAUAGGCGCUGGUACUGGUACUGGUUUAGAAGCAGAAGCAGAAAUUAGAACAUAUACUGGAGAAAUUGCUAGCUCUUCAACUGAACAAGAACACUCAUUGACAUUCAACACCAAUCAAAAAAUUAUCGAUAAAAUCAUUGAUAACGAAGACGAAAACCACUCAAACCCCAAAUCUCUUGAAUUUGAUCCAUUGUAUGUCUUUGCCAAACAAUUAUUUACAGAAUUGGACAAGAUUAAUCAAUUUUACAAGACAAAGGAAGCAGAGAUUUUCCACUCGUAUGACAGAUUACUUGUUGACCUCAGAAAAAACAAUAUCGACGUGGACGAACUCUUUCGCCACACUAAUGCAUACAACAUUGACCCCACCACCAUCAAUGACGAAGUGGACCAUAGCCAAUACCACCUUAGAUCUACAUUGGCUAGAACAGUGACAAAUGCGAGUAUAUUUGACACAAUUAAUCAUAUUGGAAACGAACACGAUGAAUUACAAGAACACAAUAUGCAAGAUUUGGAAAAACAAGCAGGUGCUACAAUUGGUGUUGAGGAAGACUCGGAUGAUGAUGAUGAUGAUGAUGAUGACGACGACGAUGAUGAUGGUUUCCACAGCAAAGAAGAUUCGGUUUUGUUAAAUCAAACCUAUUUCAACGUUAAACAUCAAUUCAAAGUGACAAUGAAGAAAAACGCUGUUGCCUUGUUUAUCAACUUAUCUGAGUUGAAAUCAUACAUUGAGCUUAACCGUGUCGGUUUCCUCAAGAUUUGUAAAAAAUUCGACAAGAUUUGCGGCUACUCGAUCAAGCAAGACUUUGUCGAGAAUUUCCUUCCUGCAAACUCUCGUGCAUUUAAACCAACCACCUUGGCCAAUUUGGACUACAAGAUUGAUGAGAUUAUCAAGAUUUACGCCUUGUUCUCGGGAAAAUUACACACUAAGACCACAAGACACGAUUUGGAGAAUGUCAAGAAUGACUUGAGAUCGCAUUUACGUGACCACAUUGUGUUUGAAAGAAACACUGUAUGGAAGGAUUUGUUAUCCUUGGAAAAAAGUUCCUACAAUUUGGACUUGGACAAUGCCGCUGUCCAAAACACCAAGAUGGGUGAUGAAGGAAAUGUUGUUAAUUCAAUGAUGCACAUAAGAAUGAAGGAUGUGCAAUUACCCAAAUUUCUUGGCGGAAAACAAAUUAAAGUGCCAGCAGGUUUACUCACUGCUCAAGUCAUUAAAAUUGCACUCACUGUGAUUGUAUUUGCAAUCUUGAUGUCGGUGAAAACACUUAAUGAUCCAGUCCAGGGUCGUUGUCUUGCCGUAUUGGUUGCGUGUGCUAUGCUUUGGGCAAGUGAAGCAAUUCCACUUUACACAACUGCGAUGUUGGUGCCACUCUUGGCAGUGACAUGUAAAGUGUGCAAAAUUGAUGGUACCGAUACACCAAUGGAAGCCUCAGAUGCAUCCAAAUUGGUCUUGGGUGCAAUGUGGAACUCAACAGUGAUGAUCUUGAUGGGUGGUUUUACCUUGGCAGCAGCAUUAUCCAAAUACAAUGUCGCCAAAGUUGUCUCAUCCUUUAUGCUUGCUUUUGCAGGUACCAACCCAAAAUACGUGCUUUUGGCAAUUAUGUGUGUAAGUUUAUUUUUGGCAAUGUGGAUAUCCAAUGUUGCUGCACCAGUCUUGUGUUUCUCAUUGAUCCAACCGGUGUUGAGGACUUUGCCAACCGAUAGCCCUGUUGCGCAAGCGCUUGUGCUUGGUGUUGCCUUGGCUUCCAAUAUAGCAGGUAUGGCAAGUCCCAUUGCUUCUCCACAGAAUAUCAUUGCAUUCGAAUACAUGACUAGUCCAAACUGGGGUAACUGGUUUGCCGUUGCAUUGCCGGUCUCCAUCAUUUGCUUAUUACUCACAUGGGUUCUUUUGUUUACCACAUUCAACAUGAAGAAUGUCACGUUGAAGAAAUAUACACCAAUCAAGGACAAAUGGACUUUUAAGCAGAUCUUUGUCUUUGUUGUUACUGUAGUAACCAUUAUUUUGUGGUGUGUGAUGCAGAAAAUCGAAAGCACUUUUGGUGAAAAUGGUAUUAUUUCAUGUAUUCCCAUUGUGUUAUUCUACUCGACCGGAUUAUUGCGUGUUGAUGAUCUCAACUCGUAUCCAUUAUCCAUCAUUGUGCUUAUUCUUGGCUCGUUGUCUUUGAGUAAAGCUGUAACCAGUUCAGGUCUUCUUUCCACCGUGGCAACAUCAUUGCAAGAUAGAGUCGAGGACUUUAAUGUUUAUGCAAUUGCUAUUAUCUUUGGCUGUUUGGCAUUGGUCAUUGCUACAUUUAUCUCACAUACAGUUUCUGCAUUCAUUUUGGUGCCGCUUAUCAAGCAAGUUGGUGAUGGUUUGCCAACCCCACAUCCUAAUUUAUUGAUUGUUAUUACCGCAUUAACAGCAUCGAUUGCCUCGGCAUUGCCCUCGUGUGGAUUCCCCAAUGUUACAGCGAUUAGUAUGCGAGACGAAGUGGGUAAACACUAUUUAACGGUGAAUACGUUUAUCUUGAGAGGUGCAGCAACAACAUUGAUUUGUUUCAUAGUCAUCAUCACUGUUGGAUUUGGUAUCAGUGAUGCACUUAAGUUUUGA